UAGAGAGAAGAGUUCAAAUUAUCAAUAAGGAGAAAAUCUAUGGAGGAUUUAGCACCUGGGUUUCGUUUUUAUCCAACAGAAGAAGAGCUUAUCACCUUCUAUCUUCAGAACAAGCUUGAAGGAAAGAGAGAAGACCUUAACCUGGUCCUGGAUCGCGUGAUUCCUGUUCUUGAUAUCUAUGACUUCGAUCCAUGGGAUCUUCCGCAAUUAUCUGGAGACUUAUGUUAUAAAGACCCAGAACAGUGGUUUUUUUUCAACGCAAUACAAGAAAGGGAAUCCUGCGGAGGAAGACCAAAGCGACUCACUAGUACUGGAUACUGGAAAUCUACAGGCUCACCUGGUUAUGUUUAUUCUUCCAAAAAUCGAUGCAUUGGAGUGAAAAGAACAAUGGUGUUCUACAAGGGUAGAGUUCCAAAUGGUCGAAAAACCGAAUGGAAAAUGAACGAAUACAAAGCCAUUCAAAGAUCAGAAGCUUCCUCGUCAAGCACGAAUGGAAAAUGA